AUGAGUCCAACUACUGGUAACGAGGUCUUCCUGGCCGCUUGCAUCAAGUAUGCCAAAGAGAAGGUCGUUGUCGACUUCGAGAAACUGGCGAGUGAACUCAAGAUGAGCAAGGGCGGAGCUGCCAACAAGUAUCGUGCUAUUAUGAAGCAGCUUGAGGAGGAGGGUGCCGGGUGGAACACCAAAGACGACAAAGCCGAGCCAAAAGCUACUCCCGCUGCAGGUGUCAAGCGCAAAGCCCCUUCUAAGAAAACCGCUCCGCCUGAGCACAGUGUCAAGGCCGAGGGUGGAAGUACAUCUGAAGAAGCUGGCAACGAACCUCCCAAGAAGAAGGCUCGUGGCAAAGCAACCAAGAAGAACGCCGCCAAGCUCGCUGAAGGUUCUGACAACGACAAGGAGGCCGAUGUCGCUACAACCACCGCGAAGAAAUCCAAGGGCAAAGGCAAGAAGAAGGUCAACUCCGCGACUCUUGAUGAUGGCAGCUUGGGUGAUGAUGAAGCGACGCCGGGCAAGGACGCCUUUAGGGCCCCACAGAUUGUGGUGAGGAGCGAUAUUCCCACAGCGAAGAUGGUUGAAGCUGCUGUGUCAAUUGCGAAGGCUGACACAGUGCCAUGCCAGGAUGCCAAUUAA